GUUUAACAGGCGGCAAGGAUUUUGUGCCGUUGUGGAUUUUGUAGCAAAAUUUAUUUUUGUUUAGUUUGCUAAAUAAAUAUCGCUGAACUGAAUUUACAAUUAAUUUCAAAUUUUAAAGUUUGUGUUGAACACAUUGUGCAAUAAUGCCUCCCCACUCGCUGAACUUUGACAUGAAGACCGUGAAAAAGCAGGUCGUUUCGGAACUACACAAUUGCAGUCAACGAGGUUUAUCAAAAACUGUGAAAUGGAUGUCCGAGCUAAAUUUUGCUUUAAAUCAUGUCAAAGUUGACAUUCGAACUUUAUCGGAGUAUUCUGCGCUAUCGUUUGAGCAAAGAGAAUUCUAUGAUACUUAUCUCCUUUGCAAGACCUAUUUCGAUAAUGGAGAGUAUUUGAGGUGUGCAUUUUUCGCUGAACCAUUUUCCAAGUUGUGUCCAAUUCUGCGAUUUUUGCGUUUCUAUUCUCUGUUUCUCGAUUGUGAGAAGAAACGGUUGGAAAGCAUGAGUGAACUUACAGCUGUUCUGUCGGAUCCAAAACAAGUGGGACAAUUGAGAGAAUUAACAAACGAAAUAUUGGCUUCGUAUGAUGAGAAUAUUGAUCCACAAGAUUACGACCCGUAUGAUUUAUACCUGUUGGGGAUGAUUAACCGACGACUUGGAGACACUGAUGUAUCGACAGAUUAUCUGAUGGCCUCUAUAUCUUCGAAUAACUAUAUUUGGGGGGCAUGGAUAGAGUUAGCCUUUCUAAUUAUGGAUAGAAAGCGGUUGGCUUUAUUGGAGCAAACACUACCCAAUUGUUGGAUGAAGCACUUCUUUGUCGGGCACAUUUCUUUAGAGCUCCACAUGAAUGAGAAAGCACUUCGAACCUAUUUUGCACUUCAAAAGUCUGGGUUUCAUAACAGCGUGUAUAUUAAAAGCCAGAUUGCUAUUGCAUAUCACAAUGUACAACGCGUUGAUGAGGCGAUUGAUACUUUUGAUCGAGUGUCGUUAGAGGAUCCAUACAGAUUGGAUGACAUGGAUCUUUAUUCGAAUAUGCUGUAUGUAAAAGGAGAAAAAUAUUACCUGCAAGUUUUAGCAAAUAAAGCUGUUGAAAUCGAUAAGUAUAGGGUGGAAACAUGUUGCAUUAUAGGUAACUUGCACAGUCUAAAGAGGGAACAUCACAAAGCAAUAGAGUAUUUUGAAAGAGCUCUUAGAAUUCACCCCUACUAUUUAUCGGCCUGGACUCUUAUGGGUCAUGAGUUUAUGGAGUUGAAAAAUUCCAAUGCCGCGAUCCAAUGUUAUAGAGAAGCUGUAGAAGUGAACAAACACGAUUAUCGAGCUUGGAACGGACUAGGACAGACAUACGACAUAUUAAAAAUGCCUGGCUACAGUUUAUAUUAUUACAAGCAAGCGCAUCGUCUGCGGCCAAAUGAUAGUAGAUUACUAACUGCUCUUGGUGAAGCUUACGAGAAACUGGACAGGCCUCGAUGUGCAGCUAAAUGUUACGAGAGAGCAAGACAAUUGGGUGAUGUAGAAGGAUUGGCCAUUCUAAAAUUGGCAAAAAUGCUGAAGGGUACUGAUCCAGAGAAAGCAUGCAGAGCAUAUUUGGAGUAUUUACAUGAAAUGGAUGCGCAGAAUGUGGCAGAUCGAGAUGAACAAGGAAAAGCCCACAUUUUCUUGUCCAAUUACUACUUUACAAAGAAGGAUUUCGAAAAUUCUCAUAAACAUGCAUUCAAAUGCUUAGAAUUCCCUGAGGUGAAAGAUGAAGCGAAAGCACUCCUGGUCCAAUUGGCCACUAUAAAACAACCCGGCCAUGAAACAGCAGAAGUUAUUGAUAUGGAUAUUUCAACUGUAGAUGAUAAAACGCAGUCUCAAGCAAAUGAAAAUGACCAUAGUUUAUAAUAAGUUGUCUAGUCUAUCGCAGAGAAUUGCCAAUCUAUCCAGCCUUUUUGUACACAAUAUUUAUUGUACUUUAUCGGAAGACAUGCACUCCAGAUUCUGGGAUAUGCAAUUUUUCCGAUAUAUUAUGUACAUAGGAUAUUCCUUCGUUAUUGUAACUAGAAAAAUAUUUUUAUUCAAUAUAUAUAAAAUCCUUUGUUACAUAGGACUAUCAAUUUUAUUGUUCAGUAUACUAUGCUUACUAAUAAUAAGCAUUGAACUGAAUGCCUGUGCACAAUA